CGCUCCCGCGUGAGAAUGUGUCGGGCACUCGUGGAGAGCUUGUAAUCACCCUGUCAUUGGUUGUUCCGAGACGCUAUGAGUUACGAUUUUUGAAAAUCGCCGGGCACAGCAGAGCAGAGCUGCGGCACAGAGGCAUCCGAGACAGAGCGCCGCUUACGAGUGAGGAGGGUACCGGCCGCAGAGAGUGCCUACAGGUUUUCGGGGACAGACUUUACCGGAAUAUCUACGGGGUUUUACAAGAAAUCUGAAAUUAGAAACUUUAACCACUCUCCUUAUGAACAAGUGACGUUGGUAUUCCAACCUGGAGGGACCUACACGAAAAGCAACUUUGAUGCCAGUUGGCACAAAGGAUCCUGUGCAUCAGCUGCGGCGUAUGGUGCUGAAGGACAUAAAGAAUGACCCAGAUUUGAGUGCUGGAUCGCAACCCUCCUUGGCUUCAAGCAAAAGAAGAAUGAGUGACCCAGAAUGCAUGUCUUCUCUACCACAAAAAUCCAAAUUUAGAAAAGGCAUUCUGCAAAAAGGAGUAGACUAUUGCUUGGCAGGUUAUGAUGGUGGGCAAAACAUAAUGAAUAUAUGCUCUGACAUCACAAAUAGCUUGGAUACUGGCACUGUGGCCCUCCAAAGUAAAGAGUUAAAAAAAAGUACUUUCUGUAAAGCAGAAAGCUCUCGUCGGGGAGAAUCAAAGAAUGACUAUGGAAUUGUCCCGACAGUUACAGCUCAAGAAAGUGUGCCACCUUUGCCACGUGAGAUGAGAUUAUCAUUUCCUGAAAAAAAUUUGGCAUCAAAACGGUUAAGCACUUCAGGGAUGUUGAUGCCUUAUUUUGCAGACCCUACAAUUUAUAAUGAAAAUGAGGAGCCGGUGUCUGCUGAGCUCACAGCUGACAAUAGUAACAAAUUUUUCAGCACUCCAAUGGCAUCAAAACAAGUCAAGAAGAAACUUACUCCUGUCAUGGAGUUGGAUAUUGAGUCCUAUACUUCAGAGGAAAGGACAGGUAAAGACAAUAUAUCCAGUAGGGAUAUCAUUCACAAGAAUUCCUAUGUCCUGUCACCGGAAAGUCCUGCACAGACUCCCAUAUACAGAAGUUUUUUUGCUGCGGAGUGUGAAGAAAUAGUUAACUGCAUAGGGACCGUUGUGAAAAGUCCAGCCAAGCGGAAAGCGCAUGAGUUGGAUGUGUCUACCAUUGAUGCAGAACCUCCUCCCUAUGAUUGCACACCAAUGAAAUCAAUGCUGGCCUGUGAAGUGGCCAGUAUGAUGCAUUCACUGGACAACAGUCCUGUAAUGGAGGGGAUAUCAUUAUUUGGGGAAAGCUUGCUGGAUCUGGAAAGGAUGGACCUUCAAUUUAAUGAUUUAAAUGUACCUGAAUGCAACAAAAGUCAAUCUUUGAGUAACUCUGGUAUUGAAGGGAUUUUUUAUUUAAGUGGUGGACUGAAUGGGAGCUGUAGUAAGAAAAGACAGAAGACUGAACAGCUUGUUAAGAAUGAAAGUGCACCAAAUUCUACAUGCCAAACUGAGAUGAUGGGGCAUUUAGUAAGAGUGACGGACCAUUUCAUACCUGAAAUACUCCAAACGGUUAAUAACAAAAAGACAUGUGACCUUGAGUCUAUAAGUGACUGUGCCAGUAACAAUAAUGGUUCAAUUAACACCAAGCAAAGUCCAAAAUUCCAUUCUGAAGGGAUCACUCUGGUUGGCACUACCCAAGUAAUGAAGGUGGAGCACCGUAUCAGUGACCACAUAACUGAACCAGUUGUAUUAAUGCGGGAUAAUUUUGUUACUCUGAAUAGCAAAGUGAUGGAGCUCUCACCCAAAGACUUGGCCAAUACAACACAGAAUAUAGCAUUGGUGCAUGAGGAGAUCACCGUAGACAGUUCUAUGCCGUUAAAUGACAGAAGUGUGAGUAAACGGUGUUCAAAUAUUACACAGAAAACUCCUAUCCACCUUACACUGGACACCACAUCAAUGCAUAAGGAAUUCACUACAGUAAAUGCUACUCAUGAAAAUGAAUCUGUGCCACAAACUUCAAACAUCACACAGGACCUUUCAUCCCUGCAUGAGGAGAUCAAUAUAGCAGAUACCACUCGGGUGAUUGAUUUGGUGUCACAAACCUCUCCCAACAUCACAUAUGAAGUUUCAUCAAUACAUGAGGAAGUUGAUACAGUCAAUAUAACACAGGUAAUUGAAGUAGGACAACAGAAUACCACACAGGACAUUACAUCAAUGCAUGAGGAGGUCACUGCAACCAAUUCAACGCAGGUGAUUGAAGUAGGACCGCAAUCAUCUACCAACCCCACACAGGACAUUUCAUCAAUGCAUGAAGUUGCUUCUUCUAAAACAACACAUGUUAUUGAAAUAGAAUCAUCUGCUAACACCACACGGGACAUUGUAUCAAUACACAAGGAGAUACCUACAGGUCCUGGCAUGGGAAUAAUGGACAUAGUGCCACGGUUGUCUGCCAGUAAUACAGAAGUUACUGCAUGGCUACAUGAGGUCGUUACAGCUGACACCACACAGGACAUUCCAUCAGUACAUGAAGAUUUCACUACAGCUAAUACAACACAAGUUACUGAGUUAAGGCCACAAUCCUCUACCAACACCACACAGGACAUUGUAUCAUUACAUGAAGAGAACCCUACAGCCCAUCACUUACAAAUAAUGGGAGUGGUGCCGCAGUUGACUGCCAGUAAUACAGCAGUUACUGCAUUGGUGGAUGAAUUCAUUACAGUCAACAAAGCAGAUGACCUUCAGGUUGCUUCUGAAGCUUCAGCUAACGGAACACAGGCUACUCCUUCAAUACUCAAUGAGGUCAUAAUGAAUACCGAAGAGAAUGUUGAUAGCCCGUCUAUCCUCCACCCACAAAACAGUUUAAAACUCAAAUCAAAUGUGACACAGAUGCCAGAGUCUGGAGAAGACCAAACUCUGGAAAUGUAUAUGGCUUGUGGGGCAACUGAUAAUGGCACACUACUUGGCACUCAGAGCAAACCCAAUAUUACAGAAGGAGCAUUGUUAAAUACAGUUGAAGAAAAAUGCUAUAAAAGUGUUGUAGUGUUAGCUUCCUUACAGAAUGAAGUAGAUGCCUGCAAGGAAUCAAAUGUUUAUCCAUUGCUCUCAGAAUCUUGUACCAUGAUUCAGGAAGAAGAAAAUGUCCAAGAUGUGAGUGUCUUUUCUGCUGGGUCACACUCUUUUGUCACCUCCACGCCUGUGCCAGGUUAUAAUAACUUUCAGUUUCAGAAACCAUGCCAAGAUUCUGUGCCCCAGGACCCCAAAGUGUCCCUUGGCGCUGUAUCAGGGGAUUCUACAAACAAAGUUCCAGUGCAACAGGGGAUUACCACGCAGCCCAUGUCUCUGGGAACACAGGCAUUGAAUAACAGCCAGAAUAAACCAAUAUCAAGGCGCUCAUUGCUCCCACCCUAUACAGGAAGAUGUAUACGUCCUCCCUCAGGGCUAAUACCCAGACAAAUCCCUCCUCCAACAUCUGGCAUUCCUUCUGCACGACGGUCUUUAGCUCUGUUCAAUACCACAGGUCAGAAUCCUGUAAAGGAGCCAAUGUUAUCUAAAAAUGCACCAACGGGAAUCCCUGGCAGGGGAAUUAUACGGCCAUCACUGGCUCGCCAAAGUUUGCCAAGAGUUGGCCCCGGAAACUUAAAGCAAGCCACAGAGGGGGCAGGAGCAAGCAUAAUGGCAGACAAGUUUAAAGGAAGCCGCUUUAGGACUCCCAAAGCUGUCCCUACAAAGGACAAAGUAAGAACUGGACCGCAGAACCCAAGACUUUCAUCUCUACACCCACCCCUGCUACAACAUUCUCAGAAAGUUUCUGCAAAAUUGGAAUCCAAUAUUUCAUGGUUACCUGUAAAGAAAACUAUUACAGCACUAGAGUCACGCAAGGUAACUGGUUCCAUGAAAUGUGAGAGUGUGUCUGCAAAAUCUUCCACAACACGGAUUCCUCCAUCUGCAGCAAAUCUAAAUGAAGCUGCCUUCCUCCAAGGUGGUGUGAAAUCUAGCUCUUCAAGUCUGGUUGAGCAAGUUACUGAGAACCAGGAAAACCUUGAUAUCCCCAUAUCUGCAUUAGAAGCAAGUGCAAGCCUUCCAGCCACCACAUCUGUGCAAACUGAAUCCAAGCAAUGCACCCACCUAGAGACCUGCAAAUGGUGUCGUGUGAAGUAUAGCCAGCUUUUGCAGGAGCUUGAAGACCUCAAACGUCUUGGUGAUGUAUAACAUGUAUAAAUGGAGGAGACCCACAUGGUUUCUACUAGAGAUGAGCGAAUUAGUUUCUACAUACAGUAACGAAGAAAAAAGUCAAGCUCAGGAUUUGCAUUGCACAUGAAACUGAUUGCCAAGCUGCAUAUAGUCAUUGGAUGGGGCACAAGCUGCUACUUUGUAUGCUCUCUUUAGCUGCUUUCUGUGUCCUAAUCUGCCAUUGUGUCCAUUCUGAAUUCUGUAAAACGUUGAUUGUAACAUUUUAUUCUUAAAGUAAAAAUAAAGUUAUCACUUGC